AUGCCUACCAUUGAUUUGUAUUUUAAUCUUUACGCCUCUUCGUCUCUUUUGGCCUCCCCUCGCUUUUCUUCGGCUCUUUCCGUCUCUCUUCGGCUCUUUCCGCCUCCCCUCGCUUCUCUUCGGCUCUUUCCGCCUCUCUUCGGCUAUUUCCGUCUCCCCUCGCUUCUCUUCGGCUCUUUCCGCCUCCACUCGCUUCUCUUCGGCUCUUUCCGCCUCCCCUCGUCUCUCUUCGGCUCUCUCCGCCGCGUCGCUCCUGUCCAUAGCCCUGAUCUGCUGUCGUCGCUGCGCCUCGUCCUCUCCGAGUUGUUGUUCUCGGUGACGCGGCGGAGGUGUAGCCUGACGCGGUCUCUUACGUGUCGGUCUGAAUAA